AUGAAUGAUCAGCAUUCUCUUCCAUCAAUUUCCGAAACGUCCAAUAACUUACCGAUGAAUCCGAUAUAUCCAGCGACAGUAUUACCAGAUAUUCAGAUUCAAAGUAAUUAUAUUGAUAGUGAACAAUCAUCCUAUGAAGAAAUAGCCGGUAUUAUACCAAAUAAAGAUGAUCCCGAUAUGUUAUGUUUUACGUUUCGUAGUUUUUCCAUUGGUCUAUGCUGUAUUGUUUUGAUAUGCACUGUUGAUCGUUUCUUUAUCUAUCGCACAAAACAAUAUAACAUACCACUUUCUUUUCUGUUACUUUUCGUUUAUGCUAUUGGUAUACUCAUGGCAAAAUGUUUACCUGGGAAACAUCUGAAAUGGAAAAAUAUUAGUUUGAAUUCUGGACAGUUUUCAGUAAAAGAACACGCAAUUAUUUUCAUAAUGAUGCUUAUAUCUAGUAGAUCAACAGACGCUAUUGAUAUUAUUGUUGUUAAAUCUGCUUAUUUAGAUCAAAAUACACCGUUUGUUUGGGGAUUUCUUUUUGUGUUAUCGGCACAAAGUAUGGGUUAUGGUACUGCUGGUGUAUUGCGACGAUUUCUAGUAUGGCCACCCGCAAUGGUAUGGCCAUCUAAUUUGCCUGUCAUAUCCUUAUUACGUACGCUCCAUGAAAAAGAAACGACAACAACUAUUCGAUGGCUAAAUUUAACACGUAUAAAAUUUUUUUUCCUCAUUUUAUCUUUUCAAGCAAUUUAUUAUUGGUUUCCCGGUUUCAUUAUGCCAGUCUUGUGUGCCUUUUCAUGGAUGUGUAUGAUUAAGCCCAAAAGUCUUGUGCUUGCUCAACUAACGGGUUUCGAUGGUUUGGGUAUGGGCACAGUGGUGUUCGAUUGGAAAACGUUAACAUCAUCUUUAGGCUCACCCAUACUAGUACCACGAUACGCUGCUAUCAAUAUGCUAAUUGGUUUUGUUGUUUUUAUCUGGGUUGUAGUACCGAUCAUGUAUUAUACAAAUUUAUGGGGGUUUCAAAUGAUACCAAUUGCUGCGACCACAUUUUUUGCAUCUGAUGGUGGUAUAAUAAAUUCAAAUUUCAAAGAAAUGAUGAAAAAUCAUACCUUACUUAAAAUGCAUGAACCAAUUCUAUUCGACAGUACAAUCACUGUUAGUUAUUUCGCAUUUUUUGGAUGUUUUACGGCGCUAUUGGUUUAUACGAUUUUAUACCAUAGUAAAGAUCUGUUACAACAGUUGCAUACAACAUUGAAAAAACGUGAAAAUGAUAUACACUGUACAUUGAUGUCAAAAUAUUCUGAAGCCAAGGAAUGGUGGUAUGUUCUAGUAUUUAUUAUAUCCUUUAUUAUUUGUGGUAUUUCUUGUCAUUUUGGACAAUUUAUGCCGUGGUACUAUUUGUUUUUUACGACAUUGGUGGCCUUUGUUUGUAUAUUACCAAUAGGCAUUGUACAAGCAACAACAAAUAUUUCUAUUGAUGUCGCAAUAAUUGCUCAAUUGCUGGGUGCAUCAUUAUUUCGAGGGGAUAUAGUUUCAACAUAUACAUUUAUGACUUGUACCAAUCAACUUGUAGUUGAAUCAGUAGCAUUUGCAAGAAUUUUAAAAUUCGGGCAUUAUUUGAAAAUAUCAGCACGCACAUUAUUUUUUGUUCAAUUAUUUACUACUAUAAUAUCAGCUCUUUUACGAUAUGGAAUCACCACUUAUUUGUUAUCAACUAUUUCUAAUUUUUGUGAUAUUGAUGGUAAUUGGGGAUGUACAAAAAUAAACCGAAAUAACUUGAUCAUAUCAGCCUUAGGUAUAACAGAUUUCUAUUAUAUGUUAGGUUGUGCUAUAGUCAAUUGA